CCUUUCUGAAGCCCACAAUUUCUCUCUGAAAUUACAACCCCAUCAUUUCAACAAUUUCUCACUCACCUUCUUCCUCCAUUCCAAUUUUAACCCAUUUUGAUUCAUUAUUAUAUAAACCCCUUCUUCAAUUUUAUUUCUUCACAUCACAUUCCUUCAUCAUCAUGUCCAACACUAAAUGCUGUGCUGCUCGCAGAGUAUGGAAAAUCCUACGCCAACGCAAAUUUCACACUCACCGCCGCCCCUUCCCGGUGGAUUUCCGCCCCCUGCGACGGUUCAUCAAGCGACUCGUUCACUCAAUUUCAACCCCAACUCCAAUUCCUGUCCACCCACAUUAUGUAGAACGUCAAUUCUCUUUCAACGACACCCCCAUUUUUCACCUGAAAUUUCACCGCUGUCCGCCGUCUGCAUCGGCGGCUCUGUUCCACUUCCCGCGGUUCUCGUGCAUAAACCCCAAGGUUGAGUUUGAUUACGAGUUUGAGAGCCGUGUUGUUGAUGACGAUGACGGUGGAUGGGAGCGGUGGCGAUUGGGCGGCACGUGUGGUUACGAAGAGGAGGAAGAAGAAGAAGAAGAAGAAGAAGAAGAUGGGAUUGAUCUGAAGGCGGAGAAGUUUAUAAAAAUGUUUUAUGAAGAAAUGAAAAUGCAGAGUCAGGUCUCGUAUUUGCGGUUGGAUGAGUUUUUUGAUGAUGAUGAGUGAAACCAUGGGAUUUACUUGCACAAAAAUUUGUUGUAGGAGCCGAAAUUAUUCGAGGAAGUCGAAAUACUUGUGGUUUCGGUUGUAGUGAAGAAUUUUUUGUAAAAAUGUUUUGAAUUUAUGAUCUUGUGAUUAGU